AUGGCAGCUACAACGGUAAGCUUGAAGCUUUUGAUAGACAGUAAGGGUCAGCGGGUGCUCUUCGCUGAAGCAGGCAAGGAAUUUGUUGAUUUCCUCAUUACCAUUCUCGCUCUGCCGAUUGGAACUGUCAUUAGGCUGCUUAAAAAGCAAGGAAUGGUAGGCUGCUUGCAAAACUUCUAUGAGAGCAUUGAAAGUUUGAGUGAUACUUAUCUUCAGCCCAAACAAAACAAAGACUCUCUGUUGAAGCCCAAAGUAUACAUCUCUGGUGGUGGUGUAGUCCCUCUCCAAUUGCCAAACAUUGAAUCAUCAACAUCUAGGAAAUUCUAUAGGUGUGUUCAAGGUCAUGCAUAUGUAUCUGAUGAUCGCACCACAUCUUGUCCUUCGUGCACGAGAUCAUCGAUUACUAUGACCUCGGAAUUAAUUUAUGUAGACUCGCGAAGUGGAAACAAUUCGGGCUCCUCCAGUGAAGGAGGGUAUGUGAAAGGUGUGGUUACAUACAUGGUGAUGGAUGAUCUAGUGGUGAAGCCAAUGUCAACUAUUUCUAGUAUCACUCUGCUUAACAAUUUUAAUGUCAAGGAUGUAGGGGCCCUUGAGGAGAAAGUGGUUGAUUUGGGCAUGGAAGAGGGUCUUAAAUUGCUGAAGGCUUCUCUACUGACAAAAAAUGUUCUGACAGACAUCUUCCUUAAAUCCUAA